AACACAAGAAAAAAAAGAGGAUAUUGUACCUAAGUAGAUAGCUUCCCUGUGCCGGUCACAGUUUCUUCGCUUUCUUUGACCUCAUGUCUGUGUACAUAGUCUACUUCCUUCCCUAAAUACAUAUUUAAAAACUCUCUCCCCGCAUUUAUAGACUUUCAAUCGGGCAGCCGAAUACUCUCGAUACUACCUGCGAUCUCUUGAGAUCGUAUACUUUUCAUCUUUUCAUACUUCCUUCGUCUUCCUAUCUCUAUAUUAAUUGCCACCCCCAUCGCCAGUUUGAGUGCGCACACGUUCGGGAUUGACCUCGCUUCAAAAGGGUCACGAGAUACAUUGGAGAGAUCCUCGUAUUUCAGUACAGACUGACUUUUCAAGAUGCCCGUUGCCGAAAGCGUCCCGCAGACCUUGUACGACAAGGUUCUAGCUGCUCAUGUUGUGGAUGAGAAGCUUGACGGCACUGUCCUGCUCUAUAUCGACAGACAUCUCGUUCACGAGGUUACUUCACCUCAAGCAUUCGAAGGCUUGAAGAACGCUGGGCGUAAAGUCCGAAGACCCGAUUGUACCCUCGCCACUACAGAUCACAAUAUCCCCACCAAGUCCCGAAAAGGCUUAAAGGAUCUUGCCUCUUUCAUCGAACAAGACGAUUCCCGCCUACAAUGCAUAACCCUUGAGGAGAAUGUAAGGGAUUUCGGGGUUACCUACUUUGGUCUCGGUGAUAAACGUCAGGGUAUCGUCCAUGUCAUCGGUCCCGAGCAAGGUUUCACCCUUCCUGGUACCACUUUGGUGUGUGGCGACAGCCACACUUCCACCCACGGAGCUUUCGGAUGCUUCGCUAUGGGAAUUGGUACCAGUGAGGUCGAGCACGUUCUGGCCACACAAUGCCUCAUUACCAAGAGAAGCAAGAACAUGAGAAUACAAGUUGACGGUGAGCUGGCUCCCGGUGUUAGCUCUAAGGAUGUCGUGCUACACGCCAUCGGAUUAAUCGGAACUGCCGGAGGCACCGGCUGUGUCAUCGAGUUCUGCGGUUCUGUUAUCCGCGGCUUAAGUAUGGAGGCUCGUAUGUCUAUCUGCAACAUGUCCAUCGAGGGCGGUGCCCGAGCUGGUAUGGUUGCUCCCGAUGACAUUACUUUCGAGUACCUGAAGGGCAAGCCUCUUGCUCCUACCUAUGGAACUCCGGAAUGGGAUCGUGCUGUUAAGUAUUGGAGAAGUCUCCAAUCAGAUCCAGGUGCUAAGUACGACAUUGACGUCCAGAUUGACGCCAAAGAUAUUAUCCCCACCGUGACUUGGGGUACGAGUCCUGAGGAUGUUGUGCCCAUUACCGGAGUUGUUCCUGACCCGGAGUCUUUCAAGUCCGAAGCAAAGAAGAAGGCUGGCAGACGGAUGCUUGAGUACAUGGGUCUAACUGCCGGCACCCCGAUAACGGAAAUCCCUAUCGACAAGGUUUUCAUUGGUUCCUGCACAAACUCCCGAAUUGAGGAUCUUCGUGCUGCCGCACAGGUUGUCAAGGGCAAGAAGAAGGCCGACAACGUUACCCGUGCUAUGAUUGUGCCCGGUUCUGGAGUAAUCAAGGACCAAGCUGAAGCUGAGGGUCUUGACAAGAUCUUUUUAGAUGCCGGUUUCGAAUGGAGAGAAGCGGGGUGCAGUAUGUGCCUCGGCAUGAACCCAGAUAUCUUGUCACCUAAGGAGCGAUGCGCAAGUACGAGUAACCGAAACUUCGAGGGGAGACAGGGUGCGCAAGGCCGAACACAUCUGAUGUCUCCUGUUAUGGCGGCAGCAGCAGCUAUUGUUGGCAAGCUUGCCGACGUCCGAAAGUUAACCGAGUACACUGCCAGCCCUCAUAUCGAUGCCUACAAGUUAAAUAACACACCAACGGCACCAAACGGCAAGGCGCACGUCGACGAGAGUGUCGAGGAUGACGACACCGCGAGGGAAAGGAUUACAGACCAACCUGAAGAUAUCUCACCCCAUGUCAAUUCCAUGACAUCGGAAGCACCCGGUUCUCAAGGCCUACCAAAAUUCCUGGUUCACAGGGGUAUCGCUGCCGCCUUAGACCGAUCUAACAUCGACACCGAUGCUAUCAUUCCUAAACAAUUCUUGAAGACUAUUAAGCGCACCGGUCUCGGAUCAGCUUUAUUCUAUGAAUCAAGAACCAAGGAGGACGGAUCCGUAAACCCGGAUUUCGUUCUUAACCAAGAACCGUGGACGAAGGCUAAAAUCCUGGUCUGCACGGGUCCCAACUUCGGUUGCGGUAGCUCUCGAGAACACGCUCCCUGGGCUCUUAACGAUUUCGGUAUCCGAUGUGUUAUCGCCCCAUCUUUCGCCGACAUCUUCUUCAACAACACAUUCAAGAACGGCAUGUUACCCAUCGCUAUCAAGAACCAAGCCGAAAUUGAGAAGAUCGCGACCGAGGCUCGCGCGGGCAAGGAGAUUGAAGUCGAUCUACCAAACCAAGUCAUCCGUGACGCCGACGGUCAUGAGCUUGCCAAGUUCGAUGUCGAAGAGUUCCGAAAGCACUGCUUGGUUAACGGUCUCGACGACAUCGGCCUGACCCUCCAGAUGGAAGACAAGAUUGUCGACUACGAGAAGAAGGCGUCAACCAACACUCCCUGGGUCGACGGCACAGCUUACCUGAAACGGAAGGGCCAGGGCGGCAAGCUAGCCGCCAAGCCCGUCCCCGUCCCUACCACAAAUCGCGGACAGGAGCUCAAGGACCCUAUCGAAUGGUAACAUGCUUAGGUAGCAAGGAAGGAGGGGGAGUUCUGCGCGGUUUCGGCGUUUCCCGGAGGAAAAUCAUUUUUAACGCAUGCGUGUGCCUUGAAUGCGCCACCUACUAUUGUUGAUACUGAAUUCGUCGCGAUGUGCUUUGACGAUAGGAUGAAUAGCAUUGGAUGUGGAAGGAUAGUGGUGACAACUACUACAACACAUCUAACAUUAAAUGAAAGAUACUUCUUUGAUGAA